CUUUUCCUAAUAGCUAUCUCUUGGACACAUUUCAGUUAUAUCGAGAGAGAAAUGGGAGUCGAUGUUGGUUACUAACAACUGGAACUGCGUCGAGCUGAGAGACAACCGGUACAAUCACAUCGUACACAUGCUCUCAGCUGCCAACGGAGCUGAGGACUUUUACUCCACCGAGGAUCACGCCUGCCGAUCUGAAGGCGUCGAGCUGGCGAGGGAACUGGAUUACAAUGCGGCUGCCGCGUGGAUCGGUCAUCCUUACUUCGAUGUCAUCGACAACUCGACCGACUUCGACCUGAAGAUGAACCGGCUCAUCGACUGUGUGUGCCAGAGGAUCGGCAUUGAUACCGGAGACCGGCUCAAUGUCAACUCCAAGAAGCGCAAGUUCCUCGUCAAAUCGCCGAUCGUUCCAGAUUCGGAGUUCCCUCCGUUCCAGGACUUCGAUGUCGUUCACAAUUACUUGCAGAGCGAUGUCCGCAAGGCACAGGUCCGACUCCGCAAGCGUGGCCAGAAGGGCCACUGGUCCUACAUACACACGCUGCGGAAGGUCCAUCCGAUCAAUGGCCAGUCUGUAGAAGUCAGGACACAGCUUACGCAUCGAGACUACUUAAACCUCCUCCCGCAGCGUGACGAAGCCCACUUCACUAUCUUCAAGAAGCGUCGUUGCUUUAUCUAUAACAACCAGUACUAUCAGUUGGACAUUUACAGACAACCCUCACAUCCCAGGUGUCGAGGACUAGUUUUACUAGAGACGUACAGUGCUAUUCACGAUCAAGACACGCUGUUGGCGUCGCUACCUAAGUUCCUUGUCAUUGAGAAGGAGGUGACCGGUGACCCCGCCUAUUCUAUGUACAACUUGUCCCUUAAAGAAGAUUGGAAGAAUUCAAAAAAGUACUACACUGGUGGUGAGAGCUCCAAACAAGCAAGUGCUAAGAAAGAAGGGCAUUCUAAAGGCUUGACCAACGGCCACAAGGAUGAAAAACACAUUGGCUCUAAUGGAGUCGCGAAAAUGAAUGGCCACGCAGGUGAGAAGGUCAAUGGGCAUGCCAUCGGUAAAAUGAAUGGCCACGCAGGUGAGAAAGUCAAUGGUCAUGCCAUCGGUAAAAUGAAUGGCCACGCUAGUGAUAAAGUCAACGGGUACAGUGAUAUGGGCACUGCGCGUGGAGCCAAGGUAAAUGGCCACCACGCCAACGGGCACGCUCCGAAACUCAACGGUGCUGCAGUAAACGGCGCUGCGCAUGAAACAGAGCUGGACGAAUUCAAGAAGAACCACAGAAUGGAUCUCGGAUCACCAAAGAUUACAAAGGUUGCUGUCAAGAUUUAAUUAACAUUAACUUACUUUAGAUUUUGAAAUUUUAUGGAAUUCCACUUUGUAACACUUCAAUAUACACCAAAUUAUGAAAUAGCAAUAAUGUUAAGAACUACUUAAAUGUAAUAAAUAACUAUUUCAUUAUCGCCAACCAUCGUUAAAAGGUCAUGUAUGCUCGUAUAUUGUAUUUAUUCAUAGUACUUUUAUAUGAAUUGCCAAAAGAUAACUAUUUUUGUAGUAUUCCUUAAAUAUUACAAUAUUUUACAUAGGUAAUGCAUCCAAGAACACCACAGCGUAUAAUAUAUUGAGCAAUCUGAAUAAUUCAGAUAUAUGUAAUAAAAUGUUUUGUAUUGUUUGUGCCUUUACACAGUAUGAUAUACUUAAAUACUUUUUCAUAAAAAUAUAAUACAAAUAUUGUCAUUCACACUAAUAGUAUGUACUUAAAGUGUUGCAAUAAUAUCAAUUUAAGUAUUGUUGCAGUAUGUUAAACACUAUGUACUAGUGUUUUAGGUUCUAAUGUACCUAACAUGAUAGCAUUUUAUUUAUAGACUUAAUUUAAUUAUGUAUUGAAGACGCGACGUUAGUAAAUUUCAUAAUUAGAACGUUGCAGUAAAUCGUUUUAGUUUGUAGAUUGAAUCGUGAAAUUUUAAUGUCUCGAUGUUGUGUGGUCACGUAGAUCGUUCACACUUAUUUCUUUACAGGGGUCCAAAUGUUAUCUAUCAUUAACACCAUUCGUUAACAGUAUUCACUAGGGCGGGUCCCCUGAGCUUUUAGCGUUGAAUUUGUCUUAAAUGAAAUAUAUUUUUAUCAAAUAAAGAAAUAUAUUUAUGUGACAUAGAGUAAUUCGAUUUAGAAAUUGAUGUCGUUGCAAUGUCACUAUUUUUUUUAUUGUCGAAGGAGACUAGUACCUACUUAACGCAAAAUCAUAAAAAUAAUUUUACAAAAGUAUUUUUAAGGCCAUCUUUUUAAUAUAAUUUCAAUGUAAUGAAGACAACAUCUACUGUAUAGCGGUUUGCUAAAUAGCUAUGAAGCUAUUCAAUCGUUUGGCAAAGAUCCACGGUAGCAUUGUUAAUGGCUGUGCUAUUAUAAUUGAGCAAUUGAGGGCUCUAAUUCUACAGAGCAAACGUUGGCGGCGAACGUGCCAACUGAAAUUUAUCUUACUAGCCGUUUGCACCAAAAGGAUAAAUGUAACGCUAGCUUUAUUGCAGUGUAUAAAUAAUAAAAUGCCAGAAUUAUUUGAGUUUGUCUAGCAAGACUUGGCUUUGAAUAUUGUAUUCAAUAAAUCUUUACAUUUUAUAAUGUAAUUUAUUUUUGGUGCAUCGUGCUAUUAUUAGCUUUUGGGCGUAAAAAUCUCAAAAUUGCAUAUUAUAUGUACUUCUCGCAUCGUUUCUUAAUAAAGAAAAAUGCGUCAUUGGA